CUGGGCUUCACCCAGGCCGACGUGGGCUUGGCCCUGGGGACCCUCUACGGCAACGUCUUCUCGCAGACCACCAUCUGCCGCUUCGAGGCCCUGCAGCUCAGCUUCAAGAACAUGUGCAAGCUGAAGCCUUUGUUGAACAAGUGGCUGGAGGAAGCCGACUCCUCCACGGGCAGCCCCACCAGCAUCGACAAGAUCGCCGCCCAGGGCAGGAAGAGGAAGAAGCGGACCUCCAUCGAGGUGAGUGUCAAGGGGGCCUUGGAGAGCCACUUUCUGAAAUGCCCCAAGCCCUCCGCCCAGGAGAUUACGAACCUAGCGGACAGCCUGCAGCUGGAGAAGGAGGUGGUCAGGGUUUGGUUUUGCAAUCGGAGGCAGAAAGAGAAACGGAUGACCCCCCCGGGGAUCCAGCAGCAGACCCCCGACGAUGUCUCCUCCCAGGUCGGCACCGUCAACUCCGACACGCCGCCCCCUCACCACGGACUGCAGACCAGCUUUGCCCGAGUUCCAGGGCAAUUAAUCAAACUCGAAAAGGGACGCAACAAGUCCCGGCCUCGGAGGCAGAGGCGGGGAGAGAGCGCUUUAGGACGGGGGACCCACUCGGCUAAAACCGGGGACGGCGAGGAGCUGGGGCGCCUGUGGCGAGGCGGAUGGAUGGAGCGAGCGGAGGAGGUGCGGGGAGGCGGUGGCCCCGGCGGUCUUCUCCGUCGCCGUUUGGAAUAA